UCUUUAGUUUGCUGGAAACCUCCACUGUAAUCGGUUGUGUGCUGUGCUCCAGUGAGAAAUACCGGAACCUCACAUAUUUAUCACCUUAAAAGCGGCGUCUCAAACAAAACACAAAUACGCAGCACUGCGAAAAAGACAAACAACGGGACUAAACCAAAAAUAAAAAACAACUAAGAAACAACUAAAAAAGCUAGAGACCAAUUGGACAGACAGGCGGCCAAUUGAAAACAAAUAAUACAAUGAAGUUUUAUUUUUGGAUCAGUUAGACUCUCGACAAGUAAAGAUACUUAGUGCAGCGCAACUAAAAAAAGAGCAGAAACACGCAUUGAAAAUUAUCACAGUCAAUCAAAGAUAUAUAUACGCGUAUAUAUAUAUUUAAUCAGCCUUAAUCAGACUUUGAACGAAAUGGCCAAGUUAAUCACAAUUUGCCUCCUCCUGCGGAUUCUACAAUCAUGUGCUAUGCCCAUUAUUGACCCAGAUAGCAUAGAUGAGUCCCUUGCGUGUCCACCGUGUGAGAAUGACUUCCCAAUCUGCUACAAAGUGAUCGUGGAGGUGGAACGGGGCAAUGGACUGCCCGGCAGCUGUUGUCCUCGCUACGAGUGCCUCGAUGAGGAACCUGUCUGCGAUGGUUCCAAGAGGAGAUUCUAUAAGAACAAGUGCACUGUGUGCGAUCCUUGCGAACCGCUGGCCAUUCAGUGCAAGGAGAUAUGCCCAAUGGAAGAACCCGAACCCAUUUGCCUCUCUGACAACAAUGAGUACCACAGAAAUGGCGAUGUUUGGAUGGAAAACAAUGGUUGUACCACAUGCACGUGCGAAGGUGGAUAUGUCACCCGUAUUGCCGUUCAGUGCAAUCAUUAUUUACGGUGCAGCAAUCCCAUUCAGGUCAAAGGACAGUGCUGUCCGGUUUGUCCGGAAGAGCUGGGUGUGAGUAGCAUUAUCUUCGACGAUAGUACUCACAAGUAUAGAAACUCCACUUCAGCACCGAUUUCGGACGAAAGCGAAUCCUCCAGUUCAGGGUGGAGCUCCACUGUGCCAACAGAUACUUCUGAUUCCGCUUCGGACACCAGCGGUUCACCCAAUAGCCCAUCUACAUCAUCUGAGCUGGUCACGCCGACUCCGAACACAAGUGAUUUAUCCAGUUCCACAGAGAAGACAAGUACGGACUCGAGUUAUGAACAACUUGGAGGAUUUGCCACUUCCGAGUCGCCGGAUCUCAGAACCGACUCAGAAGAACCAGAUACAUCAAGUUCUGAUUCUCCGACUGAGACUACCACAAAUCCAACCACAUCCGAAGCAUCAGCCACUUCCACAGUUCCAAGCACUUCAAUGGAACUUCCCACUGCAACAGAAGAUGGUAUCACCAAAAUGGAUUUUAAUGCUGAUGACAGAACACCGCAAGCAAUUGAUGAGCCCACCGUGAUCUUAGUCAAUGCAACUAACUUUAUAUCAGUGGUGACCGAUAAUCCCAUCACGAAUCAACCGGCGGUCGUGGCCCCCGAAUCCACCAGUCAGAUUAAGGAUCUCAGUAUGGAGAUCCAGCAAAUAACAUAUCCCUACGCAGAGGUGCCCCAGGAGCGCAUCCAAACCGAUUGGCCCUUGGAAUGCGUGGUCAUAAUGGGCUUUGUUAUACUUUUAGUGUCGAUAUCCCUUUAUGCCAUCGUGAAGAGAUAUUCGAAAAGCAAAAAAUACCAUGCCAUACCAUUAAAUCCAGUUCGAAAGCUGAAUGAAACGGAGAAAACGAAGGCGGAGCAGAAGUUGUGAUUCCUGCACAGAGAGAAAACUAUAGUUCCAGGUUGCCAUCUCAAUUUAUCAGUUCGUUUUUUCUCUGUGUGAAUUCCAUCCUCCUGCAGACUGAUUUUUGAUCUUAAAAAUUAUACCAAAACAGUGGAUGAAGUCUGCAUGAUAGUACUACUUAGGAAAAGAAACUAUACUUUGUCGUCAGUCCAGAGAUAAGCACACAAUUUGAUCUUUAAACUAUGCUCAAAUCAAUAAAUAAAGCGAUUAGGUUUAGCGGUAGGAGUUAAGCAGUUAAGGAAUACGUUAUUAAUUAUAAUUGGAAAGUAUUAGUUUGAUUGUAAAUUAUAAUUACUGCACACGCAGAAUUGUUGCAUUAGAGUGAUUACAUAUCAAACGCUCGCACUCAUAUAAUUUUAAAUUAUUAUACCCAAAACUCAUCAACUACAUUCAUUCCAAAGCAUAAAAAAAUAAAGAAAAAGAAACCAAAGCUAAACGAAA